UGUAACCGCACCAAGGACUCUGCAAUGUGAUUUCCUGACGUUGAUUUGUUUUCAUAUCAUUUUACUCGCUGUCUUCACUACAUUAUGCGCCAGCCUUUGACAUGGGGAACCACUAGCAGGUGAAACACGGAGGAAACCGGGGAAAAAGCCGGGAUGGCAGGCGCCUUUGGGUUCAAAGGCUGCCAGAAAAUUCGAGGUCCGCAGAUUAGAAAUCUGCUUGAGGCGAAGGACUUCAUUCUCUUCGACUGCGACGGGGUCAUAUGGCACGGAGAGAAGGCGAUAACUGGCGCGGCGAAGGUGGUGAGCUCGCUGAUCCGGCACGGCAAAAACGUAGUGUUCGUCACCAACAACUGCACCAGGCCCCGGGAGAAUUAUGUGCACAAGUUCUGCCGGCUGGGCUUCACCGACGUGAUGCUGGAUCAGAUUUUCAGCUCGUCGUACUGCUCGGCUCUCUACCUGAGAGACGUCGUCAAGGUCUGCGGACAGGUGUUUGUCAUCGGCUGCGACGGACUGCGCAGAGAGCUGCAGGAGGCGGGCAUCCCCUGCGUGGAGGAGGCGGACGACCCGGACGCCACCAUCUACGACUGCGCCCUGGCUCCGGACGUCAAGGCAGUGCUGGUGGGACAUGAUGAUAAACUGACUUUUCUCAAACUGGCCAAAGCCUCGUGCUACCUGAGGGACCCGGACUGUCUGUUCCUGGCCACCGACAACGACCCCUGGCACCCUCUGUCAGGUGGAAGGAUACUGCCAGGUUCUGGUUCUCUCACCGCAGCCCUGGAGGUGGCCUCUGGUCGCAAGGCCACUGUGAUCGGCAAGCCCAGCCGCUUCAUGUUCGAGUGCAUCUCCAGCCAGUUCAGGGGGGUGGACCCUGCCCAGUGCCUGAUGAUCGGGGACCGCCUGGAGACGGAUAUGCUGUUUGGGUCCAACUGCGGCCUCGACACCAUGCUCACUCUCACUGGUGUGUCUCAGAUCGAGGAGGCCCAGGAGUACAGGAAUAGUGAGCUGACCACCAACCACAACUUGGUGCCCGACUACGUAGUGGACACCAUCGCUGAUUUCUUACCUGCUUUUGAGGAACUGGAGGAACAGAGCAAUUGACACGUCCUUCCGCCUCCAGUACGGAGCAGAAUGCUUCUACGACAUUUCAAGUGCAAUGUUUAGUCUGGCGUUUGCAAAAAAAAAAAAACCCCCGUUCCAAUCCAGUUAUCAAGAAGUAUAAAUGUUCCUCAAUAACAAGGCGCUGUUUAUGUUGUGACCGAGACAGAAUAUUCUCCCCAAAAUAACGAGUAAUCCAGUGCAGACCUCAGUGUUUCUAGUGUUGUGCCCAUUUGUGACUUGACAGUUCCCCGUCGCUGUAAGUGUUUAUAUUAAUAUCUGAAUAUACUGCACUUUCCUGUUCAUAAACUUCAUAGGACGUGUUUGAUAUUGGGUUUUGAACAUCAAGAGGUAUUUUUGUAAAGCCAUGAAUUGUUCAGUAACGGCAUUCAUGUGUUUAGGAGCUGGUUCAGUUUUUUUGCCAGAAGGCAGACAUGUACUUACUAACGCAGAACUGUUUUCUCGUGUGUUUGCCUGGCUGUGACGUCUCCUCGAUUCACUCGUGGAAAGAGGAGAAAAUACAAACCAGAGCUUUUCUCAGCUCUGGUGGAUACUGAGAUGACAAUCUGCCAGUCAGACAGGUGAAGUGUAUUUUCACUUUUGGCCUUUCUGUCAUGUCUGUGCAACUUGUGCCAAUAUUCAUUUGAGUAAUGAACAGCUUGCUGAAUCUCAUAGUUAGAAAACCAGUAACACAUUAAUGUGGCUACUGCACUGUUGUGAAAUUUCAAUGUUGUUAAUGUUUACCAUAUAGAGCAUGCCAGCAACGGUAACAAUAAAUGCCUAAAAUGAGUCCUUAAUGCAAUGUUGUUCAUCAAUGUCCUGUUAUUAGCAAUGUCCUCAUCUUCUAUUUGUUUUGUGUCUACGAAUCUACAUCAAGCACGAUAAGAACACCACAAUCAAAACGCAAUAUUCUUUUAAUCAUUUAAAUCCAGUAGUUCACAUGAACUCAGCACCAUGUCACGCAGUACUAUUGCAACUUGAUAUCCAGCAUCUUUUCAACCUUAAUUUAGCUCCCAAAAGAAAAAGAAAAAGGCAAAGGAACUUUCCAGUUACUUUCCUCUAUGUACCAGAGCCUUGUGCUUGGAUUAACGUAUGCUAUUGCAAGUGUAGCUCAAGUUAAUUAUGACAAAGUUAAAUAUCAGAGAAAUGUUGAGUUGAGCUGGUAUAAUGGUAAAAUAAAAGUUUGACAAAAACAAAAAAAUCUGAAAGGAAUAGUUGCCGUGCCAGUAAAGGAAAACCUAGAAGCUUUUGUUAUGGCUUUGCUAUGUGUAAUACAAUGAAUGUCCCUUAGUAUGAACUUAACAUACAAUAAAGAUUUAACAUCUAAAAAAAAAAUAAACAUAUGUACAUUUUAA